UAUGUCCAGAGCCUUUCCCCUCCCCUUGCCUUGCAGGACCCCAUGAGUAAGCUGUGGCGGCGAGGAAGCACCUCUGGGGUAAUGGAGGCUCCUGAGCCGGGAGAAGCACUGGAGUUGAGCCUGGCGGCAGCUCACGGCCAUGGCGUGCACAAGAAAAAGCACAAGAAGCACAAGAAGAAACACAAGAAAAAGCAUCAUCAGGAGGAGGAGGCUGGACCCGCGCAGCCGUCACCUGCCAAACCCCAGCUCAAACUCAAAAUCAAGCUGGGCGGGCAGGUCCUGGGCACCAAGAGUGUCCCCACCUUCACCGUGAUCCCCGAGGGACCUCGUUCGCCCUCCCCGCUCAUGGUGGUGGAUAAUGAAGAGGAACCCAUGGAAGGUGUACCCCUUGAGCAGUACCGUGCCUGGCUGGAUGAAGACAGCAACCUGUCCCCCUCCCCACUUCGGGACCUGUCUGGGGGGUUAGGAGGUCAGGAGGAGGAGGAGGAGGAGCAGAGGUGGCUGGAUGCCCUGGAGAAGGGGGAACUUGAUGACAAUGGAGACCUCAAGAAAGAAAUCAAUGAGCGGCUACUCACUGCCCGGCAGCGAGCGCUGCUCCAGAAGGCCCGGAGCCAGCCUUCCCCGACUGCCCUGCCGCUGCCCGUGGCCGGGGGCGGCCCGGCGCCCGUCCUCACCGAGGAGAUGCUGCUGAAGCGCGAGGAGCGGGCGCGGAAGCGGCGGCUGCAGGCGGCGCGCCGUGCCGAGGAGCACAAAAACCAGACCAUCGAGCGCCUCACCAAGACAGCGGCAACCAGCGGGCGGGGAGGCCGGGCCGCGGCGCGGGGCGAGCGGCGGGGAGGCCGGGCCGCGGCGCCCGCGCCCAUGGUGCGCUACAGCAGCGGGGCGCAGGGCUCCACGCUGUCCUUCCCCCCGGGCGUGCCGGCGCCCGCCGCCGUGGCCCAGCGGCCGGCCCCCUCGGGCCCCGCUCCUCGCUGCUCGGUCCCCGGCUGCCCGCACCCUCGCCGCUACGCCUGCUCCCGCACGGGCCAAGCACUCUGCAGCCUGCAGUGCUACCGCAUCAACCUGCAGCUGCGGCUGGGGGGGCCCGAGGGCCCCGCGUCUCCCCUUUUGGCGACUUGAGGCCCUUCCCUACGCGGACUGUGCGCCCUCUCCCACGCCCCGUCCUCGGUGUCCUUCCCAUCCUAUUAAAUGUCCUCCAGUGC